CAGCAGGUGGCAGCGCAUGCGCUGUGUGCCGCGCGCUCGUGACGACCAGACGCAGCGUCUGACGUCACUCCCCACAGCAGCAAUGGCGGCUCCCACAGAAGGCACGAGUGAAACGCCAACAAAUAAAAAACAGAAAAAGAGCAAAAACACAGAUGAGACUGAACUGCUGACGGUUCCAGACGGCUGGAAGGAGCCCAAGUUCACCACAGAAGACAAUCCCAAAGGUCUGCUGGAGGAGAGCAGUUUCGCCACACUUUUCCCCAAAUACAGAGAGGCGUAUCUGAAGGAGUGCUGGCCGCUGGUGCAGAAAGCUCUCGGAGAUGUUUUCGUCAAAGCCACAUUGGACCUGAUUGAAGGCAGUAUGACGGUGAACACAACAAAGAAAACAUUUGACCCCUAUGCCAUCCUCAGAGCGAGGGAUCUCAUCAAGUUAUUGGCUAGAAGUGUGCCGUUUGAACAGGCUGUAAGGAUACUUGAGGACGACAUGGCAUGCGACAUUAUUAAAAUCGGGACUCUUGUGCGAAACAGAGAGCGGUUUGUGAAGAGACGACAGAGACUGAUCGGCCCCAAGGGCUCCACGCUGAAGGCUCUAGAGCUGCUGACCAACUGUUACGUGAUGGUUCAGGGAAACACGGUUUCUGCUCUCGGCCCGUACAGCGGCCUCAAGGAGGUACGGAAAGUGGUGCUGGACACAAUGAAGAAUAUUCACCCCAUUUACAACAUAAAGACGUUAAUGAUCAAGCGAGAGCUGGCGAAUGACCCGGAGCUGCGCACUCAGAGCUGGGAGAGAUUCCUGCCCAACUUCCGCCAUAAGAGUCUCUCCAAACGCAAGCAGCCCAAGAAGAAGACGGUGAAGAAGGAGUACACGCUUCCCCCUCCGCAGCCCGAGAGCAAGAUUGAUAAGGAGCUGGCGACCGGCGAGUUCUUCCUGCAAGAGAGCGAGAAGAGACGCAAGAAGAUGAAUGAAAUUAAGGCGAAACAGGCUGAAGCUUUAUCCAAGAGACAAGAGCAGCGGCAGAAAGAUUUCAUUCCUCCUAAAGAGAAGCCAGCCGUGAAGAAGAGCAAGCCAGCAACAGCCGAAAACAAAAUUGAUAUUCAAGCCAUCAAAGACAAAGUGAAGAAAGCGAAAAGUAAAAAGCUCGGAGCUCCUCCAGUAAACCCCAAGACGCCUUCAGCGAAAGACGGCAAACGGAAGAAAGUCAAGAGCUAACUCUGAACUCUGCUGAUCUGACUGUGAUCCUGGAGAAACACAUUCAGAUCAUCACCGGAUCCUCACGCUGUUGUAAUAUUGUGUUUAUUAGUUGAUGUGUUUAUAUAAAAGAUGUUUGGUUUCAUAUUUUGUCAGCGUCAUUAUAAAACCUGAAUGAAUCUCACAAUCAUUUAUUAGACUUUAGUUUGUAGGAGACGAGGAAGAAGAGAGGUGGAGAUGUUUUUAUAAAGAUGUUUUUUAUGA